AUGUAUAAAAAGUCUAUCAAGUUUAAAACAUCUACAGAUGCAGUGGAAUUGAUCAAUGCAAUAGAGGAAGAAAAAAAGAUAAAAUACCCAGUGAAUUUAAGAGCUAUUGUGUCAACAAGGGAAGCAGGAUCUAUUAUUGGUAAGGCAGGAUGUGCAAUACAAACGAUUUCUGAAAAUUAUAAUGUCAGCAUCAAGUUGAGUCCUGAAAAGACAGGUAAUAGACGAUUAGUGCAUGUUACAGGACUUUAUCAGUAUAGUGCAAAUGCAUGGGUUGCUCUAUUAAAGCGAAUUAUGGAUAUUGUUAGAAAAGAUGAACAUUAUAAUUGUCAUAAGAAUUAUGGUAUUGAUUUUGUAUUACCUGAUGGAUUUAUACUCUAUUUAAUACAAGAAGAUGUAUUGGACAUGAUAGCAAAGACGUCUUGUACAAAAAUCCAUGUAAAAUCUGAUUAUUUACCUCGAUCGACUGAACGCAUUAUUCGUAUUUCUAUACAAAAUAAAGAAAACAUUCAUCAUUUUGAAAGGGCUGUACAAUUAUUAUUCGAACAAUUAUCGAUACAUGCUCGACUGGCUCUUUCAUUUCCUGGAAAUUCAUUUUAUAUUUAUUCUGAAGAAGACGAUCAUGAUUUAUAUUCAAUCUGUAGUAAUUCAAGAGAAGAUGAAAUUAUUUAUAAUUAUUGUAUAUAA